UAAAUCUUCAAUUUCCUCGAGAUGAAUUCACGUGCUUGUGAAUGAAGUAGGUGACGAUACCAAUGACAUUUACGUUAUCGUGUAUAACGUGGUAGAUCAAUUAUUAUUAAUAUAUACAGAGAUACCUAUCACUUAUGAUCCGGUCCACUAGUUUAGCAACAUUAUACUUUAUAGAUUAUAAAAUCAUAGGCAUGGAAGGUAGGAGGCAUAUCACAAACAGAAAAAUCUCUUUCUUCGUCUGAAGAUCAACGAUCUGAUUCAUGGCGAUAUCUCACGUCCAGCCUCUGCUUCUUCUCAUUGGAUCACUCUUCUUCUUACCUGCAUUACGCGCCGUCAGUUUCGAGUACUGCAACGCAAGUGGAUACGAUUUUGGUAACGUCACUGAUGUGGAGAUAUCUCCGAACCCGAUCGGGCCUAAUGACUUCGAGCUAAGCAUUACGGUACUCGGUUUUGCAAGCAAAAGCAUCGACUCUGGAUCCGUAGAGGUGCACGCUAGAUCUGAGAACAUUACUGACCUUCUAAGACGUGAUGCAUUCGCUAUUGAAGCAGGCACCAGCUUUGUGUUACCUCUUCCCGAAGUUCCUCUGGAUAUACUCGAGGGUGACUUCAAGUAUGUCGUAAGUGUGCUUGAUAAAGAUGUCGGAGACUCUAAAGAGCCAAUAGUAAGAAUAUGUGUGGAUUUUGACUUACCUAUUUCAGCUCCCACGUUGGUGGUCUCUGCUUAGUCAAGUUGGUGAGUGGAAUAUAUGUUUACGAGUUUUCCUUUUUUAUGUGUUUUCGCAACAAAUAAAAGAAUCCUUAGCCGUUAUCUGGUGUAAUUUUGGUUUGGUUUCUAUGAACCGGGACUUCAAUAAAGGUUUUCCAAAUUGAACCAAAGUGGGCUUUAUGAAAUCUAUUUCUAGUGUUAUAUGGCUUGUCGCCCGAUCCAACUUGAAGCAAGGAUUUUUUUCUUCAUCUUAACUGUAUCUAAAAACUAAAAGAUCAAACUUAAACU